AUGAUGAUGAAGGAGAAGAAGGUUUCUGCAGCUGUGGCUGUGUUGGCCAUUGUGAUGCUUCUUCUUGUUGAGGCUCCCAAGCCACACAUGGGUCAGGGCGUCUCUUGCAGCCCUCUUGAGUUGAGCUCUUGCCUUGGCUCCAUCACUUCAUCUUCUCCACCUUCAACCACUUGCUGCCAGAAGGUGAGGGAGCAGAGGCCAUGUCUGUGUCAAUACCUGCAAAAUCCAAGUCUGAGGCAAUAUGUGAACAGUCCAGGCGCCAGAAGGGUUGCUACUUCCUGUGGAGUUCCAUAUCCAACUUGUUAAUUAGCUUUCAUUUUAAUUAUAUUUGUGUAUUAAUGCA